UAUACUUAUUGAAACCUGGAGCCUUUUUAGGGAUCCUCAUCCUUCCAUCAACUCGAUUUCUAAGUGUCAAGUCCAUUCAAAGACUAAUAUCUCUCUCUUCUCAUCUCUCGCAACUUUUUUAAAGCUCAAGUCUUAAUAUCCCUAGCUAGCUUAAGUCUUAAAGUUCAAAGCCAUAUUCUGUCUCUCUUUUCUCUCUAUUACUCUCAUAUAUAUAAAUAUGUAUAUAUAGCUGAUCGAUGGACAGUUUUCUCAGUUCAAAGUGUCAUAUAAAUAUAUAUUAAUAAGUAUAAUAUAGGGUGUUCAAUGGCGAGAAACGAAUGGAUAAAUGGGUAUUUGGAGGCAAUCUUAGAUAUGGGGAAAAAGAGUGAUGGGAAGCUGAACAAUAUUGCCAAGUUUGAAGUCAAAGAGAAAGAUCAUCAGGAGAAGUUGUUUAGUCCCACUAAAUACUUUGUCGAAGAAGUUGUCAAUAGCUUCGAUGAGUCUGACCUCCACAGGACUUGGAUUUAGGUCAUAGCCACAAGAAAUACCCGUGAACGCAGCAAUAGACUGGAGAAUAUGUGCUGGCGCAUUUGGCAUCUGGCCCGCAAGAAGAAACAGAUUGCAUGGGAUGACGCCCAAAGGCUGGCAAAAAGGCGUAUAGAGAGGGAACAGGGCCGGCAUGACGCAGCAGAGGACCUCUCUGAGCUCUCCGAAGGUGAAAAGGACAUUAGUUAUAAAGGGGACCAUAAAGAUGCUAGUUCUACUACAUUUGAUCACAAUGUCAUCACUCGAAUCAACUCCGAGAUUCAAAUAUGGCCAGACCAUGAUCACGAUGACAGUAUUAAGUCAUCUUCUUCUAGGAACCUAUACAUUGUCUUAAUCAGUAUGCAUGGCUUGGUCCGCGGACAAAAUAUGGAGCUCGGCAGAGACUCCGACACUGGUGGUCAGGUAAAGUACGUGGUGGAACUUGCAAGAGCUCUAGCCAACACCAAUGGAGUCUACCGCGUCGACCUUCUCACUCGGCAGAUCACCUCCACUGAUGUUGACUCAUCCUACGGUGAGCCCAACGAGAUGCUCUGUUGCCCCACCGACGCUGCAGGUAGCUGUGGGGCUUACAUAGUCCGCCUCCCUUGCGGGCCGCGCAACGAGUACAUCCCCAAGGAGUCUCUCUGGCCACAUAUACAGGAGUUCGUGGAUGGGGCAUUGGCUCACGUAGUCAACAUGGCUAGAGUCUUAGGAGACCAAGUCAAUGCAGGAAAGCCUACGUGGCCUUACGUGAUCCACGGCCACUACGCCGACGGUGGAGAGGCCGCGGCACGGCUUUCGGCAGCGCUGAACGUGCCGAUGGUGAUGACGGGGCACUCGCUGGGGCGGAACAAGUUCGAGCAGUUGCUGAAACAGGGGAGGUUCUCGAAGGAGGAUAUCAACGCCACGUACAGGAUCAUGAGAAGGAUUGAGGCCGAGGAGCUGGCCAUUGAUGCGGCCGAAAUGGUGGUGACCAGUACUCGUCAAGAGAUUGAUGAGCAGUGGGGACUGUAUGAUGGGUUUGAUCUCAAGUUGGAGAGAAAGCUGAGGGUGAGAAGACGCCGCGGUGUGAGUUGUCUUGGCCGUUAUAUGCCCAGAAUGGUGGUUAUACCGCCCGGGAUGGACUUCUCCAACCUUACUACUACAACCGAUAUUACUGAAUCAGACACUGCUGAUCUUAAAUCAUUAAUAAACUCUGGUAGAGGUCAACCCAAAGCCAAUCUACCUCCUAUAUGGUCUGAGAUUAUGCGAUUUUUCACCAACCCUCACAAGCCCAUCAUUCUCGCUCUGUCACGUCCUGACCCCAAGAAAAAUGUCACUACGUUGCUCAAGGCCUAUGGGGAGUGCCAAGCCCUUCGGGAACUUGCCAACUUGACGUUGAUACUUGGCAAUAGGGAUGACAUUGAAGAAAUGCAUAAUAGCAGCUCCGUUGUGCUUACGACAGUGCUCAAGCUCAUCGACAGGUACGAUUUGUAUGGUCAAGUGGCCUAUCCCAAGCAUCACAAGCAGCAUGAUGUCCCCGAAAUAUAUCGUCUUGCUGCGAAGACAAAGGGAGUAUUCAUCAACCCAGCUCUAGUGGAACCUUUUGGUCUCACAAUUAUAGAGGCUGCUGCUUAUGGCUUACCUGUGGUCGCCACCAAAAAUGGAGGGCCUGUUGACAUUUUGAAGGCACUAAAUAAUGGAGUCUUAGUCGAUCCACAUGACCAUAAAGCCAUAGAAGAUGCACUGCUAAAGCUGGUGGCGGACAAAAACCUCUGGCUGGAUUGCCGAAAGAAUGGGCUAAAGAACAUUCACAAGUUUUCGUGGAUAGAGCAUUGCCGGAACUACCUCUCCCAUGUGGAGCACUGCCGUAACCGCCACCCCACCAGCCGCCUUGAGAUCAUGCCAGUUCCAGAAGAGCCCAUGAGUGACUCUCUCAAGGACGUACAAGACCUUUCUUUGAGAUUCUCUGUGGAAGCUACAGUAGACUUCAAUGCCUCGGAAAACUUGGAUCCUGCCACCAGGCAGAAGGAACUAAUCGAAGCCAUUACAAGAAGCCGAAGCAAGGCUUCCUCCAAUGGAAAUGCCGGAACUACUGCCUACUGCCCUGGCCGAAGGCAGAGGCUAUUUGUUAUAGCCAUCGAUUGUUACAACGAAGGCAAUGGAGAUUUUGCCGAAAGUUUGUUGCAGCCUAUCUUGAAGAAUGUGAUGAAAGCUGCAGGCUUGGGAGGCCGGACAGGCUUUGUGCUGGUGACUGGCUCAAGCUUAGGAGAGACAGUGGAAGCAUUAAAAAGAUGCCAAAUCAAUGUUCAAGAGUUGGACGUGCUGGUGUGCUCGAGUGGAAGUGAGAUGUAUUACCCCUGGACGGAUAUGGUAGCCGAUGGAGACUACGAGUCCCAUAUCGAGUAUAGAUGGGGUGGUGAGAAUGUGCGUUCCAUGGGGGCAAGGCUUGCUAGGGUUGAAGGCACGGUUGAGGAUGACAUUCAGGACUUUGUAGGAGCUAGCCGCACGAAGUGUUAUUCUUACACACUCAAACCUGGAGCCAAGAUUCGAAAGGUCGAUGAUCUCAGGCAAAGGCUGAGGAUGAGAGGCUUCCGAUGCAACCUCUUCUUUACACGAGCUGCAUCCAGGUUGAAUGUGGUGCCAUUGUACGCUUCAAGAGCACAAGCUCUAAGGUAUCUUUCCGUUCGGUGGGGUAUUGAACUCUCUAAAAUGGUCGUCUUCAGUGGAGAAAGAGGGGACACUGAUACCGAAGACUUGCUGGCUGGCCUUCAGAAGAACAUAAUAUUAAUAGGCUCUGUCGAGUAUGGCAGCGAAAAGUUUCUUCGAAGCACAGACAGUUACAAAAGAGAAGAUAUUGUCCCACAAAAUAGCCCUAAUAUUGCCAUUUCAGAGAGUUAUGAGGCACAUCAUAUCACACAAGCUCUAGAAGCUCUUGGAAUCCAGUGAUUUUAGAUUUAUUCCUCUACUAUUUUAUCUUGAUUGAAUACAUCUUCAUAUAUACUUGGCAGUGCAAGCAAAAUAUAUGAACACCACAUACUAAGGAAGCCACAUAUCUAUAUUUAUUUUACCUAUAAGUUGUAACUGCUGUCAAUUUCGUAAUAAUUCACAUAUAAACUCGUGGAAUUUAUAUUUUCCAGUGAUGUUUCUGUAAUAUAUAUACAUAUAUUUAUAUACACACAGAUGAAAGGCUCCUGUAUUGUUAAUGUCUUCAAUUAGACAUUCAUAAGAAAUAUAUUUGUUUUAUUUGAGUGA